AUGUCAUCGGAAAAAUUAUAUGAACAAAAUAUGGAUACAAUGGAGAAGCUGAAAAUGCAUACUACACGGAUCUUAUUGGGUAUUGGAAUGCUCAUUGGUCUAGCGUUGCUUGUGAUUUUCAUCGUCAUCCUACUUGUAUUGGCCUUUGCCUUUCUUAAAAGCUUUAAUACAAAUACUAUGACGGACUACGGCACAGGUUUGUCAACUUUCAUUUUUAACUCAACAGUAGAUCAUGCUGUUUGUUGA